AUGCCAUAUUUUGCAGGCGACUGGAACUGCUUCUUUCUACAGUACCUCCUUGCUUGAUGCCUAUUGCACUGUACUAUUUGUGGCCAGCAUGGGUGGAAGAACACAGUGAGGUGCAAGGCCGCCUCCCUUUCCAACCUCACCAAACCAAAUCCAGGACGGCGCAGGGAUCUCUGUUGUGUGUGUGUGCUGAGGCUACGACUGUCACUCAUUCUCUGAUCAGCUUCUGAAAGCAGCUAGAGAGCAGCUGGCAAAAAACAAUUCUGAAAAAAAAAAUUACAGUGCAUCUAAAUCUCUCUCUAAUCCACCCAAGCUCCAAUUGAAGGAAAAAUAUAUUUGCAAGAAAAUUCCACCCCAACAGCAAAUUACAAUGCUGCAUACUAAGGAUCUCAUCUGGACUCUGUUUUUCCUUGGAGCUGCAGUGUCUCUACAAGUGGAUAUUGUUCCAAGUCAGGUGGAGAUCAGCGUAGGAGAAUCCAAAUUCUUCUUAUGUCAAGUGACUGGGGAAGCCAAAGCCAAAGACAUUUCCUGGUUCUCCCCCAACGGCGAGAAGCUGACGCCCAACCAGCAGCGCAUCUCAGUGGUGCGGAACGAUGACUUCUCCUCCACCCUCACCAUUUACAGCGCCAACAUCGAUGAUGCUGGCAUCUACAAGUGUGUCGUCACCAGUGAGGAGGAGGGCGACUCCGAGGCCACCGUCAACGUGAAAAUCUUCCAGAAGCUGAUGUUCAGGAAUGCUCCCACCCCUCAGGAGUUCCAGGAGGGGGAAGAUGCUGUGAUUGUGUGUGAUGUGCUCAGCUCGCUGCCUCCCACCAUUAUGUGGAAGCAUAAGGACAGGGACGUUGUCCUGAAAAAAGAUGUCCGAUUUAUAGUCCUGCCCAACAACUUCCUGCAAAUCCGGGGAAUCAAGAAAACGGAUGAGGGGACGUACCGCUGUGAGGGCAGAAUCCUGGCUCGUGGGGAGGUCAAUUUCAAGGAUAUUCAGGUCAUUGUGAAUGUGCCUCCUUCUGUCCGUGCCAGACAGAACACCAUGAAUGCUACGGCCAACCUCAGCCAGUCUGUCACCUUAGUGUGCGAUGCUGAUGGCUUUCCUGAGCCAGCCAUGCGCUGGAUGAAGGAUGGGGACCUGAUAGAACGGGGGGACGAUGACGAGAAAUAUGACUUCAACUAUGAUGGCUCCGAGCUGACCAUCAAGAAGGUAGAGAAGAGCGAUGAGGCAGAGUACACCUGCAUCGCUGAGAACAAGGCCGGAAAGCAGGAUGCCAUUAUCCACCUCAAAGUCUUCGCAAAACCCAAAAUCACUUAUGUGGAGAACAAAACUGCCAUGGAACUGGAGGACCAGAUCACACUGACCUGCGAGGCUUCAGGGGACCCAAUCCCCUCCAUCACCUGGAGAACCUCCACCCGGAACAUCAGCAAUGAAGAGAAGGCUUCGUGGACUCGGCCCGAGAAGCAAGAGACUCUGGAUGGGCGCAUAGUGGUGCACAGCCACGCCCGAGUGUCCUCCCUGACGCUCAAGGACAUUCAGUACACGGAUGCUGGAGAAUAUGUGUGCACAGCCAGCAACACCAUCGGGCAAGACUCCCAGGCCAUGUAUCUUGAAGUGCAAUAUGCCCCCAAGCUGCAGGGUCCUGUGGCAGUCUACACCUGGGAGGGGAAUCAAGUGAACAUCACAUGCGAGGUGUUUGCUUACCCCAGUGCUGUCAUCUCCUGGUUCCGGGAUGGACAGCUGCUACCAAGCUCCAACUACAGUAACAUCAAGAUCUACAACACCCCAUCAGCCAGCUACCUGGAGGUGACACCGGAUUCCGAGAAUGACUUUGGGAACUAUAACUGCACCGCAGUGAAUCGCAUCGGCCAGGAGUCCUCAGAAUUCAUCCUUGUGCAAGCAGAUACUCCGUCCUCUCCUUCCAUUGACAGAGUGGAGCCCUACUCCAGCACUGCCCAGGUGGAGUUCGAUGAGCCCGAGGCCACCGGUGGGGUGCCCAUCCUCAAGUAUAAGGCAGAAUGGAGAGCACGGGGCGAGGAGGAUUGGCAUUCCAGGUGGUAUGAUGCCAAAGAAGCAAACAUGGAGGGCAUGAUCACCAUCAUGGGCCUGAAGCCAGAGACAAUCUAUAACAUCAGACUGUCAGCCAUCAACGGCAAAGGCCUGGGAGAGAUCAGUCCGGUGUCUGAGUUCAAGACCCAGCCAGUUCGGGAACCCAGCGCACCCAAACUGGAGGGCCAGAUUGGAGAAGACGGGAACUCCAUUAAAGUGAACCUUAUCAAGCAGGAUGAUGGAGGCUCCCCAAUCAGACACUAUCUGAUCAAAUACAAAGCUAAGCAUUCCUCAGACUGGAAACCAGAGAUCAGACUCCCCUCUGGCAGCGACCACGUAAUGCUUAAGUCCCUAGACUGGAAUGCAGAGUACGAGGUCUACGUGAUAGCUGAGAACCAGCAAGGGAAAUCCAAGCCUGCACACUAUGCUUUCAGGACUUCAGCUCAGCCUACUGUAAUCCCAGCGACCUUGGGAAGCCCAUCAACGUCGUCCUCCUUUGUUUCAUUGCUUCUUUCUGCAGUGACUCUGCUUUUGCUCUGUUAGAAACUUUUUACAACAACAAAAAUAAACAACAAACAAAUUUGCCUAAAAAGGCCUGGUUCCUACCCAGGUGUGAAAGCAGAUAGUUUUUCCUUCAGAGGAUCAUGUCAGUGCAAGAAAAACAAACACAACAGAUCAUUUUAUUGGAAAGAUUGAGUAUUUUGUAAUGAGGAUAAAAGAAAAGCUUAAACCAAGCGUUUUCUCGCUAACAUUUUUUUUGUGUUGCUUAUAAUGAAUUUGCCCUUUUGUAAUGGAUGUAAAGAAAAAUCUUUUGUUGGCUUUUUUUUAUAGGAAGGUAUGAUAUUGAAAGCUUUUAAAAACCUGGUCUCUAUUGACGUUUCCACACAUCUGUUGCUGAUUACCAUUGUCUGUUCAUACCUAUGAAUGAUAUUACAAAGAUGGUAACCAUAAUAAAAAGGUUUCUAAAGCCCCAUCCGUACACCUAAUACAGGUUAAAAAGAGAGAAAACUUGGCAAUUAUCACCAUUUGGGGUGCCUGAAUUGGAGGUCUUUUUUUUCAAGGGCUUUUGCGCGUGGAUCAAACACAUGGUCAUCAGAACAUCCCUCUGAGGAUGUUGUCUGACCUAAAGUGUCUUGUUGAGAUGUGCGUUGAGGAAUUAUUUUUUUUCUUUCAUGUGCUUGAAUCCUUGGAGCCUCACUGGCCCUUGUGUAAUCAGGCAUCUCAAGACCAUGACAUGUGGGGGUUUGGAGUAUAACACCGCUUGUGAGUGUACAGAUUUACAGUGGAUGCUUGUCUAACGUUCUGUCUGGCUAUCCACUACUUUAUUGUCAAAUCAGUAUAGAAACGGCUUUUCUUCCCUUUUAACUAAAAAAAGAUUAGCUGGGAACAAGUAAUCUGAGAGGCUAAAUGGUUAAUACUGAACCUUAAUAAUAUUCAUGGUUAACUGUGCGUUUGACACUCCACCAGGCAGGAUUAAUCUGUGGUGUAAUUUGAUGCAAUAUCUACAGCUUCCUCUCUGAGUCUUGUGUAUCUCAUUUCAUUCUAGCAAUUUCAGUUGACAUUCCUUUUCUUUAAUGUGGUGUCCCUCAUGAAUUGUUUUUGUAACGGGGAAAGCCAUUUGGCUAUGCCGCUCCUUUAAGCCUUUCUGAGAACACAGCUCUCUCGUGUUCACUCUCACUCUCUCUCUGCAAGGACCUGGGGAAGAAAAGGAUGAGACUGGAAACAUAUAUUGGACAUGGUUGGGAAACCUCUGUACGGAAUCUCUUACGCUAUCAAAGCUCUUAAACAGGGUUAAUUUCCUUUCUAACAAAAUCUUCCCGAUUGGGUACAAAACCAAAUCAAGCCCCCUAUUAAUCAUGUCUAGUUGUGAAUUUAUGCAUUUCAUAUAACAUCUUGUCUCUGAAAUUUAGUCUGACUUUGUUCACUGGAAUCUGCGCCAUUCGUUUCUGUUUAGAAUUUUAAACAAAAACUUCAUACAGGUGUGUGUGUGUGUCUCACACACAAACAGUUCCCUUUAGAAGGGGACACCUCACCAUCCAUCAAAAUGCCCUUUUAAAUGCUUUGUGCUGUAUAAACUAUAUUCCAACACCAAGUUCCAUUAAAAACCCUUUUGAUCUUUCCUAUGGCAGUGUUUAUGCACCUCUGCUUAGGCUGAGAGAUCAGUAUGUAGCUCAGAGAUGAAUGUGGGUACCUUUAGACUCGGAAGACCACUUGAUUUGCAUGCAUACGAGGUGUGCAGAAGGGGUGUAGUUACAUGUGCAUUUAACUCCAACUUCAUAUGGAGGUUCAUUGGGAAAACCCACAGUUUUCAAUAGAUGUAAUGAAGGUUUCUGGGGAAGGCCUACCUACUCAGGACAUUGCUAUGGCCAAGCAAAAUCUCAUCAGGGACUGCCUCAAGGGUCACUCCCGUGAGGUGCCAUAAGAACAAAUGUCAGUGUGUCUUGCUUGUGCCAAGUGUUAACAGUUACACAGUUAUAUUUUGCAUGGUUCUUGACCAUAUGCACAGUAGCCAGCACUGAAAAUGCAGAACGUGCUGCUGUGGUGUCCUGUGAAACUUGCUGGGAAUUUCUGUUACGUUGCACCGUCCUGAUACAACAAAGACUGUAGUUUUCAGUGAAGGCUGCUGUAAUGCGAACGAAGGGCCCUGAGUUCCCAUAGCCACUUUCGGAUCCAUACCACGCUUUGUAGUUUGUGGGCAUGUCACUUAGGUUGGUGUGUUCACACCUGCAAUAUUUAUACUACAAUAUCUCAUCAGAUUGGUUAUUAACAUGGCAAUGUUUACAUGUAGAAUAUCAGUCAGGCCUUUAUUAUGUUUACCCAUUUCCAUUAUUAAAAUAACGAGUCAAAUGAACUGUCCGAUGCAUUUGAGUUUAUUCUGUAGAUGAGUUUCCUUGCUCAUUUCAUGGGCUUCCUCUUAGCUGUCCAGAAUUUGCUAACUGACUGUGUAAAGCGAAUACAGGAGUAAAACCCCUUUUACAAAGAGAGUUUCCCCUCUAUAGCCACAAAACUAACGAAUGGCACUGCUGUCUUUGCUGCCAGUUUACAAGGAAAAUCACAUUGUACUUGAUAAUCCGUGGGUGUGCACCAUGUAAGAGGCGAGAUUUGAUAGGAUCCGAAGUGUAAUUGUUGCUUUAUUGGCCACAGUUUUCAGAACAGCCAUCUCCCUUUUUGGUGCUUACCAUUGAAAUCUGCAUGCAAAGCGGAGUGCUAGAGUGGUACAAAUGCUCAGAUUUUUAGGCAGAUAUCCGCCUUGCAAACACAAGAUUUGUGGGAGCAAAUCAUACCUGCAAAAGGGAAUACCGGACCUCAGCCAUCAGACAGAGUAACCCCGUGUCAUUGGCUCCUCACAGAAUGAACUGCAGGGCUUUGCAGGAUCUCACAUUGCCAGUGGAAUUCCAGCUGCUGUUGUCCCACAGCUGGUUUUAAACCCUAAAUGCUUGGUUUCAGCGUUGUCUAUCCAGGCAUUUGGCUACGUUAAAUUCAGUUGCAGUGCCGUGGCUGAUGAGGCUCACUAUGAUUCAGCUAUGUGCUCAACACCAUCCAGCAUUUCGCUGCGCUAAAGGACACUUCCAAACUUUCCAGGUGCACCUGAUGGCUCUUGAGCUAGUGCAGUGAGCUGCAGCAGCCCCUGGAACCAAGGGCAGUGCGUACAGCAUGUGGGAUGGGCAGUGCAGAGAAAAGGCAGCCUUGGUAAACUCCCACCCGCAUCCCUCGGGUAUUUAGAUUUACUUGGUAUUUUCCUUCAAAGCAGGAAUUUCUCUUGCUUUCUCUUUGUAUGUCCAUUGUCCCCUCUUUCAUUCAAAUGGAAGUUCCCUCCAGAGAUGGAACAGAGCCCAAUGCUCUUGUUUACGUUAUAUGCCAGAAGUAGCACCACUCAAGUUAAUGGAGUGACACUGGGUAAACCUGGUGUGACAGGUUCCCCCUGGAAUUGGCAUUGAACCCCCCGUCCCACCAGCCUGGGCUCCCUUUUACACUGUGCUGCUGUGACAAGCUGCAAAGACCUCUAGCCUGCACUUUCAUCGGCAUACCUACAGGUAGGGACACACCCAACUGCAGUUACAUGCAGGCUCUUUGACCAGCCCCCGCAUGGGAAGGCUAGAGCUAGGGCAACUACCAGCUCCUCAGGCACGCACCCUCUCUGGAGUAUAAAUCCUAAAAUAUACCAUCUUGAGCUUCACAGGGAAGUGUACAGCGUAAGCUCAUAAAAUUCACCCCCUCCCUCAGUGUGGAGAGGAAUAUGCAACAGCCUUUGCCCCUGAGUUAUGAUUCCCACACACUGGUUUAGAUAAAGCAAAAGUAAGUUUAUUAUUAACUAUAAAAGAUAGAUUUUAGGUGAGCAUAAAGGAUAGCAAACAGAUCAAAGCAGAUUACCUAGCAACUAAACAAAAAGCACAAACUAAGCUUAUUAUACUAAAUAGAGUGGAUAUGAAUUAGCAAAUUCUCACCCUAACAGAUGAUACAAACAGGCUGCAGAUUCUUAAAGGAAAAGCUGCACUUGCUUACAGCUUGGAAUCCCCAGGUGUUCCAUUCACAAGCUAAAAAUCCCUUUAGCCUGGGUCCAGCACUUCCCCCAGUUCAGUCUUUCUUCUUCAGGUGUUUGCAGGAGUCGUCUUAUGUGGGGAGCGAAGAACCUCUGAUGAUGUCACUCCCCACCUUUAUAUAGCUUUUGCACAUGGCAGGAACCCUUUGUUUCAAAGCUUGGUCCCCAGACUGGUCUGUGGAAAAUUAUUGACAUCCAGUGAUGGAAUCUAGAGACAUGUGGUCUGAUCUCAUGUCCUUGUAGAGUCAUGGCAACCAUCCCUCACAGGCUGUUCGGAGCGUUCUCAGGAAGGCUUCCCAGGUGGGAGAUAAGCUUCUUCCAAGGCCUACUGUUUUCCUAAUGGCCCAUUCCCAACCUACUGUAUAGAACAAAAGCAUCUUGUCUAGUGGGCGUUCCCCAAGUGUAACUACAUUUGAAAUGCAGAGACAUAGUCAAUAUUCAUAACUUCAGGGACAAAAAUGAUACAUGCACACAAAUAGGAUAAUUAUAUUCAGCAAAAAAUAACCUUUCCAAUGACAUCUCACAUGACUUAUGUUGCAUAAAAUACAUCAUAACUAUGUCAUAAUCAUAUCAUUAUGAAGAAUAUGGAGUGCAGUGUCACACCUGGCCUUUAGCACUCAAUGGAAAUACCCACUUUUCAUAACUUAAACAGCGGCAGACACUCUCUUAUCACCUGGGCAGCAGCCAAUGACCCUUACGUCUUUCUGCUACCAGCAAGUGAGACUAAAGUGAGCAAAUCUCUCUAUGUGAAAAUAGAUGCUCUAAUCACAUGGGAUGGAUGGUAGCUUGCAUUUGCCAUUAUUGCUUUUCUCUGAUGUAAAUUAUGCAGGACACAGGAGACAAUGAAAUCCUUCUAAUCUGGUGUUUUUAGGCUGAAAGGUACUUAUAAAGUAUCUGCAAAGGAAAAUUAUCCUCUGAUAGCAAAGGUUAUGCUCACCUGGCUUCUGCUGUACUUUUCUCCAUGAUGCACCAAAAUGAAUAUUCAUUUAUCUCAUGUGUUCCUCACUGACACCAAACACCCUGCAGAACCCUUGAAAUGCAUUUGCUGCCUCUCUUAUGGCCUGUGAAUCAUGCCUGUUUCUGUCCAAUCCUGUCCUUUCUCUAUCCUGCCUACAUCUAUUCUUCCUAUGCACACUAUAGCUGGGCCUCCUGCUGAGAGGAUCUAUCUGAGUGGUACAGCCCUUUUUGACAGGAUGGAUGCAUGUAAAGUAUGUGAGGAGUAAAGCCUAUGGGACGUUUUAUUGUAUGUUGUAAAGCGAGGGUGGCUAGAAAGGUCUUUCUUGACAGAAGCUUAUGUUCCAUUGAUGAAUCAUUUACGAUUAAUAAAUGAAAUGGUUUUUUCCCACUCCUU